AUGUCAGAAUCCUGGCCCGUGGCGCUUGACCCGCAUAUACGCCAUUUCAAUCCCAGAUUUUUGGGAUUCAGUAAAGUCAGAGGGUUCCGGGAAUUCGGCCAAAUCUUCGAACAGAGUUGGAAGGAAAAGUUCAAGGGAACUCAAUUCGGCAUCAAGGAUGAGCGAAGGGCAGCCAUGGCGGCAAAGAGCUUCCUGAAACGCAGUCGACAGCUGCGUGCCAUCUGGAACCGGUUUUUGCUAUACUAUACCGACACCAAUUUGACAUACACCACUGACCGACUGGCGGCGAUUAUUGGAAUUGCGGACGCCGUCGAAAACUAUACGGGGCUCACAUACAUUCCCCAAGCCGGCGCUUUCAAGGAAUUUUUGCCUCUUGAUCUUCUCUGGUACAGGAACUUCCGUUCCGUUGACCUUCUCUGGCGCAAGUCACCCACGGGAACGAAGGCCCCUUCGUGGUCUUGGGCUGCAAAUGAGGGCGAUGUGCUUUUCGACGAGAAGUCGUGGCUGGAGGGCUCACACGACGAUUUUGAGUACAUGGGUCUACUCCUUGACGUGUCAGUUCCGCCUGCAGCCUCGACUUUGUCACCAGGUAUGGGGUCGGAAGUGGUUAUCAAGCUGAAGACCCUUGUCAACCGCCAGACCGCGGUUGGGUUGGGAGUUCGAGAGCCCCCAGGUUUCUGGGUGGAGUAUCUUCCCAAAGCGCGUCUUCAGGUUGUGCUUGAUGAGCCCGUCGCAGAUGGAACUACCAUCUUUUUCAUCGUUGUGCUGCGGACACGCACGUGGAACAAUUCUGGCUAUGACAAACAUGUGUCCGGGUUGAUUCUGGUGCCAAAGGAUCCGACAAGUGAGGAAGAUCCUCGGAAGGCGUUGCAUAGACGUGUGGGAUUCUUCCGUAUCGCUGAGCCGGCGAACGCAAUGACCCUGAAAAUCUUUAUGACGACCCUUGAACCCAUCAAGAUCCACACCACCAGAUACCGCCCCACAACAUAUUUCGGGUAUUCUUCUUAA